ACUUGCCACUCUCUAUAAUAAUAUCUUUCGAAGCCCUUAAAAUAUCCGAAAAACACUGAAGGGGAAAAAACAGAGCGACUAGGGUUUCUCUCUACAAAGUUCUACCGAUAUAAUUAGUCAAAGAAAUAAUGUCUCGGGUUUAUGUCGGUAACUUGGACCCAAGAGUCUCUGAACGUGAGCUUGAAGAUGAGUUUCGACGAUUCGGUGUUAUAAGAAGUGUGUGGGUUGCAAGGAGGCCGCCAGGUUAUGCUUUUAUUGAUUUCGAUGAUAAAAGGGAUGCUCAGGAUGCUAUUCAUGAGUUGGAUGGAAAAAAUGGCUGGAGAGUUGAGCUUUCUCACAACUCUAGAGGAGGAGGAGGUGGUGGCGGCGGUGGACGAGGAGGGGGUCGUGGUCGUUCUGGUGGUUCUGACUUGAAGUGUUAUGAGUGUGGUGAGGCUGGUCAUUUCGCUCGUGAGUGUCGCUUGCGUGUUGGUUCAGGAGGUGCAGGAAGACGUCGUAGCCGCAGCCCUAGAUAUCGCAGGAGCCCAAGCUAUGGCCGAAGGAGCAGGAGCCACAGCCCUCAAGGGCGAUCCCCCAAGCGCCGCAGUCUAUCACCUCGUGGGCGCAGCUAUAGCAGGUCACCACAGUACCGUGGACGUGAAGAGCUCCCAUAUGCCAAUGGAAAUGGCACCAGGGAUCGUCGCCGAAGCAGGAGUUAAGAGUUGCAGCCUAGGUGACUUGGCUUUGCUUGGAAAAUACUGCAAUUAGAGUGUGUUUAUUAUGUUUGGACUUCAGUACCACUAUGUUUUAAACGGGCAACGCCCUCAGCCUCGUGGAUUUGGUUAAGUUUCUUCAUACUUAUUACUAUGUUUGUUAUUUUUCUUUAAGCUAUGCAGGAUAGUUGUAGGCUUUUCUAGCAGAAGGCUCUGUAGGUAGUUAUUAUGAAUUUAUUGAGACAGGUUGCUUCUGAGUGGUGCUAAAACUUUAUGCUUUUCUUUUUUGUGUUGAGGUCUCUUCUGGGUCUGCUUCAUUGGUUUUGUGCUUCUCUACACUUGAGGUUUCAUUGUUGGCUGCCCUGCAUUGGGGUCUUCUAUUUUGAAUGUUUGGGGAUCCCUGCUAAACUGCAUGUCUACAUUCUUCUGUUUGAUUGCACCUCGGCUGUGAUGCGCCUCCCACAAACUCUAGUGGCAUUUGUUUUAGUAAACUUAGAAGGAUAGACAGCUGCUUCAAAUCUUCAGUAAUGAAUGUUUGGGCUCCCUGCUAAACUGAAUGCCUACGUGCUUCUGUUUGAUUGCACUCCAGCUGUGAUGCUCCUUCCUCAAACUCUAAUGGCAUCUCAUUUAGUUAGCUUAGAAGGAUAGAGCUGCUUCAAAAACUUCUGGCAGGUACCUAUAUCUGUUCCACAGAAGUUGGGGUUUUCUUAGAAUCUCGUGUGGUUGCCCUAUUCUUAAAAAUUAAAAUUUCAAAAUUGGU